GAGAGAUAAGAGAGAGAAGAGGAAAAGGAGAGAGGAGAAGGAAGGAAGAAGAAGGAAGGAAGGGGACAAUACGAUCAUGCUGUGCUGUAUGAGAAGAACAAAACAGGUUGAAAAAAAUGAGGAUGGAGACCAAAAGAUUGAGCAAGAUGGCAUCAAACCAGAAGAUAAAGCUCAUAAGGCAGCCACCAAAAUCCAGGCUAGCUUCCGUGGACACAUAACAAGGAAAAAGCUCAAGGGGGAGAAGAAGGGAGAUGCCCCGGCCUCUGAGACUGAGACCGCUGACAAGAAGGAGGAAGGCCCUGCUGGUGGAGUGGGGGAGAACAAAGAUAGUGAUGCUCCCGCUGCCACAGAAGCUGCAGCCGCUGACAGUGCCCAGCUGGAGGAGGGCAGCAAAGACAGCAGUGCGCCAGCAGAGGAGAAAAAAGGGGAUGGAGUCGCUGACACGGGCUCAGAGCAGCCAGCCCCACAGGCUGCCACUCCUGCUGCCUCCUCGGAGGAAAAGUCUGCUGCUGCUGCUGCUGCCGAAACGGAAAGUGCCACUAAAGCUUCCACUGAUAACUCGCCGUCCUUGAAGGCUGAUGAAGCCCAAGACAAAGAGGAGCCUAAACAAGCCGACGUGCCUGCUGCUGACACCACUGCCACCACCACCCCUGCUGCAGAGGAUGCUACUGCCAAGGCAACAGCGCAACCCCAAAUGGAGACAGUGGAGAGCAGCCAAACCGAAGAGAAGACAGAUGCUGUAGAAGAAACCAAACCUACUGAAAGUGCCCAGCAGGAAGAGGUGAAAGAAGAAGAGAGCAAGGCGGACCAAGAAAAUGCCUGAACAUUAAGAAAUGACUCCCCAUUGCCCCUCCCUCCCUCCCCCUAUCCUCUAUCCUUCCUCACCACCCCAAUCUUGAUCUCCCCCUUUCCUGCUCACACCUGUGAGCCUGUCCAUCCCUCUCCCAUUCCCACUUAAACCCUUUUUCUCUCUGUGUGGCAAACAUUUAAAGAAAAAAAAAAGCAGGAAAAAUCCCAGUCAAACAGUGUGGCUUAAACAUUUCUUUGUUUCUUGGUGUUGUUAUGGCGAGUUUUUUGGUAAUGAUGAUCCAAUCAUUUUGGGAAAAUUCUUGCACUGUAUCAGAGUUCUUUGAUCUGGCGCGUGCGUGUGUCUGUCUGCCCACCGCGAGCGCGCUCUCUCUCUCUCUCUUUCUCCUCUCUCUCUUUUCCAAGUGUGUGUGUGUGCAAUGUUCCGUUCAUCCGAGGAGUCCAAACUUAUCGAGUGGUUAAAACGAAAACAAAACAGAAAAAAAAUCCUUUUCUUCCUUUUUCAAUGUGAUGGAAUGAACUAAAGAAAAAACAAACCCAACAAACAAAUGAGCAAAAAAUAAUACUAAACCCCAGUUUGUUUUCAGAACUAAAACAAAAAAUGUGCCAAUUAGCAUAAUGCGUGGCUCCAGGCUCCUUUUUCAAACUGAACAAUAAUUAUAAUAAAUGAGAAUAAUGAUCAUUAAUACCACCGUGUCGCAUUUCUAUGCUGCCUUACGUCCCACUGGCCUGUGUACACAGACCGGUCUUUGGUGGGCCAUUUGUUGAGUGGACCUCCUCUUUGCUUCUCAGCCACUGCUUCGCCAUGGGUCGGUGACUGACUGUUCUCCCUGGCACUGCUAAGGGGAUUUUUAAGGGAAGCAGGCUUGGAUUUUGGUUUAGGCAUUAGCACUGACUAACAUAACAAAAAUAGCAAAAUCGGUUUUACGAAAUAACAAAAUAAGCAGCUCUCCAGGAAACCUCUAGGCCCUGAUUCAGAGAACCAUGGCUACCUUGGAAGGCUAAGCCUAGGGUGUCCCAUGUGUCCUGACAGAGGGACCAACUUUUGCUUAAGCUGAGGCUCCGAUCCCCACUGAGGGCUGAGUGGGGACAGGGGCCAUGGGGCCUGCACUCCCCCCAGCGGCGGGGUCACCACUUGCCCUACUAGGCUGGAGUCGGAGAGUUGUUAGGUAACAUGGUACAGCCCUCCAGAAAUGUUCUUUCUGGCAAAAUAAAUUGGCCCAAUGCAUUAAGUAAACAGAAGACAUGGGGCCAGGUCAAGGUCUGGUGAUGUAAGAGCCAGCUGAUGGCACUUUUGACAGCUAUCUCACUACCACUUCUUGGAAAGCAUGUGGUAAAACUCAGGUUACUCACCCAGUUCUAAUUAGGGCCUAGGUUUUCGUUCUCACUUACAGCCUUUCCCAGCAGCCAGCUAAAAUCUUAGCUCAGGCUUGUGCAGCAGGCAGAGCACCACCUGACAAAUCUCCACUACCGCUUUCCAUAGCGUGCAAGAUUUUCCUUGGUGCAUGCCAACUGAAUAUCCACCUUUUUCAGUGGAUGAGACCUGACGGACUCCCCAGCCUGAGGGAGAAUGGCUGUCAGGGUCUGCUGUUCUGUUUAUUAGCUGUGAGAGUGAACAGCUUAAAUGUAUCGGGGGAAAAAAAAAAUCUUUUUAAAGCCCUUUCAUAAAAGCCCUGUUAAGACUGUAAUAAAUACUGAGAGUGCUGCUCUUUCACUGCCUUGAUUAUUAUCAUGUGCUUUCCCACCAGCUUUUGCAUGGUUUCCCGGCUGCAUUGGAAAUGACAACUACUGUACCCUGCAGUAUUGCAGUACAAUACUGCUGUUGGCAGGACCAGGAUUAAUUGGCCUCACAGCUGUAACACCAAAAAGAUGAGUCUGCUGACAACCCCAAAGCACCUCGCUGGCUAAUGCUUGGAGUACCAGUCCAAAUGCCUUUCAAGGGCUGGCUUGUUCUCCCUUCCCCACUCCUUUGUUCUCCUCCAUCUCUAUGUUGGAAACAGGGAGAAAAGAUGAACGGCAUCUCCUCAAAGAUGACUAUUUUGAACUUAGAUUGCUCACUGGAAAUGCCCUCAAAAUGCAUCAGGGCUCAUUUCCAUGUGCUUCCUGACUUUGUGUAGAAAUAAGAGAGAGAGAGAGUGGGAGGAAAAAAAGAGAGGGGAGAGAGAGAGUGGGAGAGAGAUUGGACAGAGAUUUUUAAAAACAGGGAUUAGAGAGAGGAGAAAAAAAGAUUUUGGAGUGGAUAGAUGGAUGAUAGGGAGAGAAAGGGGAGUAUAGUUAGCGUAAGAAAGAUUAGAGUGAAAAAGGUGAGAGAGAGACAGGAAGAAAUUAGAUAUUAUGGAGCAAUAGAUGAUUGAUAGAGAUAGUGAAACGUAGCUAGCUAAAGUAGAUUAGACAGACUAAAUAGAUAGAAGGAUGGGCUGACUGACAGAUAGGUAUUGUGUCAUACUUCAUAAACAAUAUAUAUGCUAAUAUUCCCAUAUCAUGAUGGGUAGAAAACCCUGAGACACCUUCCAGCCUGACCUCAAUUCAGCAAAUGUAGCGCGGACAUCCGGCAUUGCUUGGACCGUAUGUCAGGUCUCGCAAGCCUGCCCAUUCCCACUGUGGACGCGGCAGGUGGGCGGAUGGUGUAUGGGGAGGGAGAGUGCUCUGACAGACACAGCGGGCUGAGGCCCCUUCUGGCGAGGCAUAGUACGUUUGCUCUUUGUAGCAUACAAGAUGCCCAGCCCGGCUCCGAUGUUGCAAACGCCUCGUGUCUCUAGCACUGAAUCAAGAGAACUGAGGUUCAGCUCUCAGGAUUUGUGGGAGAGGUGUUUGGGAGGAGGCAAGAAGGAGAGAGCACAGCUUUUAUGUAGCUUCAUCUCCUGUCAUGACCAUUUAAAAGGGUUUUCUUAAGGAUUGUCUCGUUCAUACCUGCAAGGACCACAUGGUCUCCCUACUCUUCUGACUUUAGAUCCCAAACUUUUCAUCUUGCCUCCACUUUAUUAUUACUAUUUUUUACUUUAUAAGGAAAAAAAAUCUGCUCCUCAUGUCUUCCUGGACAUAGGCCAUCCUCCCUCCUCAAUAAACAGAAACCUUCUCCUCUCCCCGGGGAUGUUUUAUCUUUGCAUUUUGCAUGUUGCCUCCCCCUUGGCUGAUGGCUGGGGCAUCGUGUGUGUUUUGCCAUCAUUUUUAAGAACAUACUUUGCCUUGUUGCUUAGAGACAAAAAGGGUUGAGGGAGUUACGUUUUGUUUUUUCCCCACAAAAGGAAUGGAGUAUGUGGUUACCAGCUGCAACCCUACAUAAUUUUAGUACUAGUUCCUCUCCCUUGGUUCUAGUUUAAAACUGCGAGCUGUAACCAAGCACCCCCUAUCAUUCUUAUUGUACAGUGUCCUGAUUCUGCCAGACAGUCAGGGCAAGAAGAGAGUGAGGGAGUACACAAACGAACUUUGCCUUGAGCAGGCAGUGGUUUAUGUGUAGGAGAUGUGUACAGGAAGCUGCGCUGCCUUCAGGGUACAGGAAGAGAGCAGAAAAAAGCAUUUGGAUUACCUUGAAUUGCCUCAAGAACUCAAGAAAGGAUAUAGCAUGGGAUGGAAACUGGAAGGGCCUCGGAGAGCAGGGGCAUUUGAGGAACGAUUUUCUGGCAUGAUAUCAAAUGAACUAAGAGCAGCUCAAGAGGUAGAAAGUCCCAGAAUCAAAGUGGCGGAGCAGAGUAUCCAACAGAGUAGCUGGAGCUUUUCUAGCAUUCCUCAUGCAACAGCUAACAUGAAUUCCCAAGGGAGUAUAUAUCUAUUCCUCUUUCCUCUCUCCCUGGAGGAUGAAUAGCUUGCCGGGAGGUGCCUCUGGUUGUUACUUUAUGCAUGGAGAGGGAAGGGGAUGUCAACAUGAUUCAUACUGGGAAGACAGUGUCUGACCUCACGUUCCUUGCCAGGGAAAUUUGGAAUCCAAGAGGGGCUUUUCUCAUGCCUCUGUAAUUAAGAUAUGCUAGUGAUCCACAUCUAUACUGAACGCUCCUAUCAGCUGUAGGCGAGCCAGCUCUUCACAUUUCACCUCAUCAAAAUUAAGUCUUGGAAAAGUAUAAAAUAUCCAAACCUAACACCCCUGUCAAUGCAGUACAUCAUUUGCAUGAAUUUGGUCUGCUUUGCAAUGCAUGUGGCAUCCACACACUGUCUGCAUUGGUAGCAUAUAAAAACACAACCCUUGCAACAGUUGCAUCAGCCAAGAAAACUCCACCAUGAGCCACUUUCCAAAGGGAGGGGAAGCACAUCCUGCUGAGAUCCCUUCAGACCUGGUGUUUUCCAAACCCAAACCCUAAUGCAGCCCCAUGAGAGGCCUUAGCUAUAAGGAAUUCGGCUAUGGUGACAGUAUAAGUGCCAUCAUUCAGGGAAUGUGUUACUUUAAAUGAAAGAAAUGGCCAUGACUGGAGGAGAGGGGUUUAGAAAGAAAGGAAAGAAGAAAAAGAGAAAACAGGGAGUUCAUACUAAACUCCCCACCAAGGUACUGGUGACAGUUUUUUUCUUUUUUCCUGCACUCUCCUUAUGGCACGCUGUAGCACGUAAGGCUUUUUGUACUGAAGGUCUGAUGUUUGUCGUAGGUGUCUUAGGAGAGAGACGGAGUGGUUGUGGUUUGCAGAGGUGGAGGAAAGAGUUGGAAUGAAUGUUCUUGCGACCCCUUUUGGCCAAGAAGUCUAUUUGGUGAUCACCUUCCGCUCAGUGAUGUGGGGUGGUGGUCAUGGGGUCCUCUUCCAGGUCUAUGCUCAGAAUCUCUGCUUUUCUGCAUUGCCACAUUAGCACUUUCACUGGCUAUUUAGAGCACCUCGGGACUGGUUGUCCUCUCGCUCACACUGGGGUAACUCAGGAGUCACUCCACUGGAACCAGUGGUGUUAAUCUGGUGUGAAAAUGAUGCGAGAGGAGGAUUCAGGUCCUCGGAGGGGAGGAUUUUCCAGGUCCCUGAGGGGGAAAAAAUCAAUGGGAGUUACAUAUCUAACUGCCACUUGUGCCUGUGAAAGUCUGCCCCUUCUCUACCCAUAUGUAUAUAGGGUACAAUUUUCAGAAUAGCCUAAAUGACGUGGACACUUAAGAGCACACAGGUCACUGGCUUUCAGAGAGACUUAAUCGCCUAAGGCUCAGAUGCUGGAGGACGUUCAGCCUCUUAACUGCAGCAGGUUUUAGGGCUCUGGACUCAAAUUCUCCAGUCAUUUUUGAAAAUGGAACUUAAGAUCUUGAAUCAUUUAGGUGGUUCUGAAAAUGUUACCCUUUAUCCAUUUUCAGGGUGUUGAUCUCAGGUCAUGUGCAAGCCUGCAUUCUUAUCUACAAUGCUUUAUUACUACUUUUCUGUUGAGCAAUACUUGGAAGAAGAGGUGAAGGCUGAGAUUUGCAGAAAAGACUAGUGACCAAGUGGCUCACAUCUGGUGUACCUAACUUGAGACACCGUACAGGGGCCCAAUUUGCAAGUCCCCUGUACACUCUGAACAUCAAGAUUCAUGUAUUACACACCCACAACCACUGGUCACUUCCAAAAAUCCCAGCCUGAGACCUAGACUACUCUUGCAAAAGAAAAUCCUAGGAUAGCUGUUCAUCCAAUAGCUUGUUUUUUCUGCUCAUGCCUGUUCCCAAUGAACAAAACACAUCCCUAUGCAUCACCUAAGCCCUAUUUUGAGAAGUUACACUGGCAUACAGCUGAAGUAACACAGUAGUAAAUCAGGGCCUGAAGAAGAAGAGUACAGCCUAGAGAGUAUAAAGAACUAUGAAAUAUUUGGAAGCUAAUAAGAGCAGAUUCGACGAUUAGAGUGGCCCAUUUCCGAUGCUCUUGUGUGAGGAUCUGGAAAGAGUCUCUCACUCAUUGUACUUGUGCAUUAUGAAUGUGUCCAUCUGCAGAGAUCUAAUGUACACAUAUGUCCUGAAUAUUGUCCUAAGGUUGCAAGCUUCAAAACUGAGCAGAAAACAUUCCCAAGAAGUGAGAAUAAUACAGAUGUCUGUAUUUGAAAAAUUGGUUCAAAUAAAGUCUCUCACUUAUAGA